AUGAGUGAGAAUUUCAAUUUCACUGGUUUAGGCCAAUUUGGAAACCCCCAACUUCAAAACCUUGCUAGGGCAUCGAGCUCAGCAUCAACGGAUGCUGAUGGCGGCGGCGUGAACGGCGCUCAAGACAACCUCCUGCCGAUCGCCAACGUGGGGCGGAUCAUGAAGGACGUGCUCCCGCCGCAGGCCAAGAUAUCAAAGCGCGCCAAGGAGACCAUCCAGGAGUGCGCUACGGAGUUCGUCGGCUUCGUCACCGUCGAGGCCUCGGAGCGGUGCCGCCGGGAGCGGCGCAAGACGAUCAACGGCGACGAUAUCUGCCACGCCAUGAGGAGCCUCGGCCUCGACCACUACGCCGACGCCAUGCGCAGGUACCUGCAGAGGUACCGCGAGAGCGAGGAGCUCGCGGCGGCGCUCAACAGAGGCAGCACCGGCGGCGGCAGAUCGAUCCAGAUCGAUGUGAGGGCGGAGCUGUCCAUCUUCAGGGGCAACGAGCAGCAAGACAGAAAUUAA